AACUUUUUUAAAACAAUUUAGUUUUACUCCGGGUUUUACUGUACGUAACAAUACGUAUACCUAUGGUACUAACUUCUGGAGAUAUAUUAUAAGCAUGGAAGAACGAAAAUAUAUAAGGAGUCAUCGCCACAGUUGGUGGUCACCGAGUCUGGCAUGGAUAAUAUUGGUGAUGUCAAUAUUAUUAUUUGUUAAUUUGGUGUACGCUUCUAUAACAUGUGGCUCGGUUAUUGAAUCGCUCGGAGUAACGGUUCCGAGAGGUGAUAUUGUUAUUGAAUACGGAUCUGGCACCCCUUUGGAGAUCACGUGCGUUUUAGAUCCCGACAAUAAAAAAGUGCAAAACCUUUUUCGGAAUGACACCACCAAUAGCGGUGAAGUUAAGACGCCGAGUCAGCGGAUCUUGUUCUACAAGAACGCCGAACGAGUGUUCAAACAGUACGUGACGAUUAUCAACGCAACGGCCGCUCAAUUGCGCAUCUCCAAUCCACCGGCUAGCUUAGACACCUAUUAUUGCGUGUUGUUACUUGACGGCCAACUGGGUUCAAACCAAAGUUAUGAUAACAUAACUGGUAUUCAAUUAUUAUCCACACCGUCAAGUGGUUCGUCGACAUUUCCCACCAUUCCACUGACGAGCUUGGAAACUAGUGAACCACCUUCGCUGGUGUCACAAACCUCUGAGGUCAGGGUGUGUCUCAACAGAGUUGCCGUUGGAUAUAAACCGACCAAAAUUACAAAUUUCUCUUGUAUAUCUAACAAUUGGGUAAGUUUGACAUGCAAUUGGACCAAACCAGAGAACCCAAUUAAAACAAGUUAUAAGGUAUUCUUCAGGAUACCUGGUCGUGCUGGAGGCAGAACUAUCAUAAAUUGUCCUACAGAUUCAGAUUCCAGAGAAAAUACUUGUUAUUGGGAUUUUUCCACCACGCCAAUAUAUAGGCCACCUUACGAAUAUUACUACUUUACAUUACUUGGCGAUAACGUAUUGGGAAAUUCAACUACACCCAUACGUUUUCAUCAUUACGCCAAUGUUAUCCCCGCGAGCCCUAUUAAUAUUACAGUGGUGGAUAAAACGCAAUCUAGUGCCAUGCUAAGGUGGUCUGUAGACACAAUGGCUGCCUUUCCACGAGGACUAAUUCAUAAGAUCGAAUAUAAGUCUCAAUGGGAUUCUAAUCCUGAACAUUGGCAUUCUGUAAAUGUAAGUGACGUUUGUAAUUCGUCAUCAACUUCCAAUCAAACCAAUUCUUAUUCGAAAUGUCGAGAACGUGACAUUGAAAAUUAUUAUUUUAAUGUAACUGAUUUAAAAUACCCUUUCACGAAUUACGAUUUUCGCAUAUAUGUACGUUCUUCAGUUGCUCGUGGAGAGGAUAAAUGGUCUCCUCCUGGUUGUAUAACUUUGAAAACCAAGCCUUCAAUACCUAGAAGACCUCCACGAACUGAUGUUGGAAGCUUCGAGUGUGUUACGUCACCAGUCGACAAAUCGAAAAGAGACGUGUUUAUUUAUUGGCAAAAUAUUGAAGACAAUGAGAAAUGUGGUGACUCAUUUGAUUAUCUUGCUUACUAUACUUGCACAACUACAGAUAAAAAAACCAUUAUUCACCGCAGUAAUGAAACAUAUAAGACUUAUGCCAAGUUUGAAGGACUUAAUACCGACAAUGGGUACAAUUUUACUGUGUAUUCAUCAAAUAAAGAAGGUUUGUCAACCGAGUAUUCGACAAUUUUUGUUCCCAAUGAAGCAGAAAAACUUGAUAAACCGCUAUCAUUUACGAAAAUGUCAUUUGAUGAAAGAGGUGUAUUUAAACUGUCGUGGAAAAAUGUCAGUAGUCAAAAAUUAUUAGCAGCUAAUCAAGUCAAUGAUUAUACUAUAUUUUGGUGUGAAAAUGAUAAGGACCGUCCAUACGAGUGCAAUGGUUACAUGAACUGGAUUCAUAUACCAAGUUCAGAAUCUUGCUACAAUAUUAUUGUACCGGAUCACAUGCAAAUUUAUCAAUUUGCAAUAAGCGCUAACAGUCAAAGCUCAUUAAAGGCGGGUCAUUAUCCACCCAUUUCUAUUAGUAGUGGGAUGGUAUGGGCCUCAUGCACAGUACUACAUAAUAAAAUAGUUGGACAAAUAAAAAAAGUCUGGGUACAUAUGAUUAGCUCGACAUCUAUGGAAUUGAGAUGGAAACUUGACUGUUCUGAUAGAAUAGGCGCAGUUCUAGGAUUUCGUAUAUUUUAUUGUCCGGUAGUAUCCACAAAUAAUUCAGCUUGUAAAGAACCUAUGUUAAAUAAGACUGUUAGUGGUGAUAUGGCACAAGACAACAGAGGAUUUGCAAGCAUUACAGAUCUCAAGUCAUAUACUACAUACAUGGUUACCAUUGCAUUAAUAACAACACACGGUGAAGGGUUACAUAGCGAUCCUUUGCUCAACACCACUCUAGAAGGAGCGCCUGAUAUUCAAAACCUAAUAAUAAAUGUCACGGAAUUGACGAAUACGACUGUAUCUCUUCAGUGGUCGCCUCCUAAAUUCACUAAUGGUGUUGUUCGUUACUACCAUAUUCAUUAUUAUUUGGACGAUAUAAUACAGCAGCAGGAUUUAAUUGAUUCAUUUGAUGAACAGCAAAUCAUAAAUGAACAACAUCGUAUUACGGUUCACGACACAAAGUGUCGUUUGGAUCACCUUGAAAGUUACAGAAGCUAUACAAUUACCAUCACAGCAUGCACAACAGUUUGUUCAGAGCGUUCACUUCCUAUAAAAGUUCGAACAGCUGUAGGGCUGCCAGGAAGGGUUUCUCAACCAAAUUUUUUUUACGAAAACAGUACUAAGAUAGCUGUAUCUUGGACGAAGCCCGCGAAACCGGCUGGUCCGGUUGAUUAUUAUGAAUUGAUUGUAGCUCAUCACAGUGGACCAACAAAUUCGCAAACUACGAACAGUGGUUCAUCUUCGCCCACCGCUGUGGCUUCCACACUAAUACAGGAAAAUCCGAACAAUUUCUUGUACCACAGCAAUUCUAACGUGUUCCGUGUUCCUGUUCCGGAUUGUAAUAAUGAACAGGAUAAGGGUCAACAAACUUUUUCAUUUGCAGUACGAGCUGUGAAUAACAAUCCACUUGAUCCUUAUAGGCCAUAUUAUGGUCAGUGGUCGGUUCCUGGGUCGGUCAGUUGUGUGCCACCAGGUUUUAGAGUAUAAUUAAAUAUUUUCAAAUUUCAACCCAUUUACAUGAGUGAUCAGAUUAUCUAUCUAUAUAUAUAAGAAUCCAACUUGAUUUUGGAGACGAAGGAAACCGGUUUGUUUGUUUAUUUAUUAUUGUUAUUAU